UAUAUAUAGAACUUCCUAAGGCGGGAGCAGUAGUUGCUGUGUUGGCAGAGACCCGUAGCGCGUCUGUUGUCGACGGAUUUGAGAAAGAAGUCAUCCGAUCCUUUGUUUGGUACAGUUUGUUUUACGUGUGCACAGCGUGAGAGCUAACGAAAAUGCGUGAGUGCAUAUCCAUCCAUGUUGGUCAGGCAGGAGUGCAAAUUGGCAAUGCAUGCUGGGAGCUUUACUGUCUUGAACAUGGGAUCCAGCCGGAUGGACAGAUGCCAAGUGACAAAACUAUUGGUGGUGGUGAUGACUCAUUCAACACUUUCUUCAGUGAAACUGGAGCUGGAAAACAUGUUCCCAGAGCAGUGUUUGUGGAUCUGGAAUCUGCAGUUAUCGAUGAGGUUAGAAAUGGUACAUAUCGUCAACUGUUUCACCCGGAGCAGCUGAUAACUGGGAAGGAGGAUGCCGCCAACAACUAUGCACGUGGGCAUUAUACUGUGGGAAAGGAAAUAAUAGACCUGGUUUUGGAGAGAGUGAGGAAACUGGCUGAUCAGUGUACUGGUCUCCAGGGCUUCCUGAUUUUUCAUAGCUUUGGAGGGGGCACAGGGUCUGGAUUCACUUCUUUGCUCAUGGAGAGACUCUCUGUGGACUAUGGCAAGAAGUCAAAACUGGAGUUUGCAAUCUACCCAGCCCCACAAGUGUCAACUGCUGUUGUGGAACCUUACAACUCCAUCUUGACUACACACACCACCCUGGAGCACUCUGACUGUGCUUUCAUGGUGGACAAUGAGGCUAUUUAUGAUAUCUGUAGGCGUAACCUAGACAUAGAGCGUCCAACAUAUACUAAUCUUAAUCGAUUGAUUGGUCAGAUAGUCUCCUCUAUCACUGCCUCACUGCGCUUUGAUGGGGCUCUUAAUGUGGAUCUGACUGAAUUCCAAACAAAUCUUGUGCCAUAUCCACGUAUACACUUCCCAUUGGUGACUUAUUCUCCUAUUAUUUCUGCUGAGAAGGCAUACCAUGAGCAGCUUUCAGUCUCUGAGAUCACAAAUGCAUGUUUUGAACCAGCAAACCAGAUGGUAAAGUGUGACCCACGUCAUGGCAAGUACAUGGCUUGUUGUAUGUUAUACCGUGGAGAUGUAGUACCCAAGGAUGUGAAUUCUGCUAUUGCUGCCAUAAAGACGAAGCGUAGCAUACAGUUUGUGGACUGGUGUCCAACUGGCUUCAAGGUGGGAAUAAAUUAUCAGCCUCCUACUGUGGUGCCAGGUGGAGACCUAGCUAAAGUACAGCGAGCCGUCUGCAUGCUUAGUAAUACAACUGCAAUAGCUGAAGCUUGGGCACGUCUAGACCACAAGUUUGACCUAAUGUAUGCAAAACGUGCCUUUGUACACUGGUAUGUGGGUGAGGGAAUGGAGGAGGGAGAGUUUUCAGAAGCACGAGAGGAUCUUGCUGCACUGGAAAAAGAUUAUGAAGAGGUUGGUACCGACUCUGUGGAAGGUGACGAGGACGGAGAGGAGUAUUAAUAAAAUUUGCCUGAAAAAGUAUUUUAUCCAACAAAAAUUAUCAUUCCUAUUAUGACUUAGAAAUAAAAUCUCUUUCAAAAGUG